GUGCCGGUGGUCAAGUUGUCAAGUUAUAAAGCGUGUGAGAUUCAAAAGUAUUCUAAAUAAUAAAAAAUAAUUAAGUUUUUAUUUAUACUUUCCAAAGUGGCAAUUAAUAAUGGAAUUCUUAGAAUAUAAUGAUGUGUCGGCUGAAAUUAAAGGUGCCAUGGUGCCAGGCAAAAUAAAAAUGACUGACCAGAACAUAAUCUUCAAAAACAGCAAAACUGGCAAAGUGGAACAGAUAUCAGCCAAUGAUAUUGAACUUGUGAACUUUCAAAAGUUUAUAGGAUCCUGGGGCUUAAGGGUGUUCAUGAAAAACGGGACUCUUCACAGAUAUGGUGGCUUCAAAGAGGGUGAACAAGAAAAGGUAGCUAAGUUCUUCAAAAGCAACUACAAGAAGGAUAUGUUAGAAAAGGAGCUGUCCUUAAAAGGCUGGAACUGGGGAACGGCUAAGUUUAAUGGAGCAGUGCUCAGUUACAAUGUUGGCACUAACACAGCUUUUGAAAUACCCUUACAUUAUGUGUCACAGUGCAAUACUGGCAAGAACGAGGUCACACUAGAGUUUCAUCAGAAUGACGACACUCCCGUAUCGCUAAUGGAGAUGCGUUUCCACAUACCAACAAACGAGUUGGCGGGUGACCUCGACGCGGUAGACGCUUUCCACCAGCAAGUCAUGAACAAGGCGAGCGUCAUCUCUGUGUCCGGCGACGCUAUCGCUAUCUUCAGGGAGCUGCAAUGCCUCACUCCUCGUGGUCGUUACGACAUCAAGGUGUUCCAGACAUUCUUCCAACUCCACGGUAAAACGUUCGACUACAAGAUUCCCAUGUCGACCGUACUACGGUUGUUCCUCCUACCGCACAAAGAUACCAGACAGAUGUUCUUUGUAGUAUCAUUGGAUCCACCGAUCAAACAGGGUCAAACCAGAUACCACUAUCUAGUGUUAUUAUUUGGUAUUGAAGAGGAAACUAGUUUGGAACUGCCAUUUACAGAGGAAGAGUUAAAGGAAAAAUACGAGGGCAAAAUAACAAAGGAAUUAUCUGGACCGACCUAUGAAGUAUUAGCGAAAAUUAUGAAAGUAAUCAUUAACAGGAGAGUCACCGGACCUGGAGACUUUUUGGGGCAUCACAAGACACCAGCUAUCGCGUGUUCGUACAAAGCGGCCGCCGGGUACUUGUACCCCUUGGAGAAAGGUUUCAUCUACGUGCAUAAGCCGCCUGUUCAUAUUCGCUUCGAGGAGAUCGCUUCCGUCAAUUUCGCGAGAGGCGGUGCUUCCUCUACCAAAUCUUUCGACUUCGAGAUAGAGUUGAAGCAGGGCAGCGUCCACACGUUCAGCAGCAUUGAGAAGGGAGAAUACGACAAGCUCUUCGACUACAUCACGUCCAAGAAGCUGCAUGUCAAGAACACUGGCAAAAACGACAAAGCGCUAUACGACGACGACUUCGGAGACUCGGACACCGAGAAGGAACCGGACGCAUACUUGGAGCGCGUCAAAGCAGAAGCCAAAGAACGAGAUUCCGACGACAGCGAUGGAUCUGAUGAGAGCACCGACGAAGACUUCAACCCUGACAAGGCUAGAGAGAGCGACGUGGCUGAAGAGUACGACACAAACCCAUCGUCGUCCGAAGACUCCGAUGCGUCAGGCGCUUCCGGCGACAGCAAGAAAGAGAAGAAGAAAGAAAAGAAACCGAAAAAAACUAUUACUAUUUCUGAAGCGCCACGCAAACGCAAAGACAAGUCCAAGAAACGCGAUAAAGACGUCAACGCACCCAAGCGGCCUUCCACCGCCUUCAUGCUGUGGCUCAACGAGAACCGGAAGAAGAUCAUCGACGAAAACCCCGGGGUCAAGGUCACCGAGGUCGCCAAGAAGGGCGGCGAGCUGUGGCGUGACAUGAAGGACAAGUCUGAAUGGGAAGAGAAAGCCGCCAAAGCGAAGGAGGACUACAACCAAGCAAUGAAGAAGUACAAAGACAGUGGCGCCGCGGACGAGUUCAAGCAAAAGAAGAAACAAGCAGAGAAAGAUCGCAAAGCCGCGGAGAAGAAGACGAAAGCCCCGGCGAGUAAAAAGGCGAAGAACACCAGCGCAGGCUCUGGAUCUGGCAAGUUCACCAGCAAGGAAUACAUUGAAGACGAUGACAGUUCCUCUGACUCCGAUAAUGAGAAGAAAGACAAGAAAGAUAAGAAGGAGAAGAAGGACACCAAAGAUAGCAAAGAAUCGAAGAAAGAAAAAGCAAAGUCAUCAUCAGAGGCGGAAGCGUCAUCAGGUUCGGGUGAAGAAAGCGGUAGUGGAAGCGAUUAACGUAUCAAACAGUUUCACCUUCAUAGUACACUUGGUGUCGCGGAAAAAGAGCUCUGAUCAUACUUGCGCAGUGGGUGAUGUAUCGAUCCAUUUGAAAGGGUGACGGUGGUGGCUAUGCAGCCAUAUGAUUGGUCCGUCGGUCAACCUUACGUUUCACGCGCAGCGUACAAGCAAAGAACCCAUGCAAAGGCACAUUCUCACAAAAGUCGCCAGAGCUCUUUUUACUUGAAUCCAACUAGUUUUCAGUUAAACGAUUAGGAAUACAAUCUCGUGAUAUUUUGUUAGCAUUAAGUUUGUGUUAAGUGUAUAAAUAAGAAUUUAAUAAAAAAAAUAUCAA